CUGAAAGGGGAGAACUAGGAACGUUUUCAAAAGCUACCCUGAAGGCGGAUUUAAUGAGAGAGGAACGGAGCGGAAUGGAAACUCCUGACAGAAGACGAGAAAAGGCCUUUCAUCGACGAAGCUAAACGAUUACGUGCGAUGCAUAUGAAAGAACAUCCAGAUUACAAAUACCGUCCGCGACGUAAGCCGAAAACCCUCAGGAAAGAGGGCUAUCCCUAUUCAAUACCCUAUCCGUCCGUACCUAUGGAUGCUCUGAGGGCAGGUAUGGCGGCAAGCGGUAUGGGUCAGUCAAUGGGACCGUACUACAGCCCUUCAGCAGCCUACGGUUCCUUGAGUGCAGCUUCUAUGGCAGCCGCGGCUGCGGCAGCUCAGCAAUCUGCAGCAGCCAUGUCCGCUGGUCUCGGAGCACCGGCGCAGGUGGUAUCCUCAAUGGAUGCUAUGAAAUACUCCAUGGAAGCGGACAAAUACCGAUCUCCCUACAUGCCCUCCUCAUCCCUCGCCAUCUCGAUGUACUCGGACCCCAAAUACAUGGACGCCCCUUCGAAGAGCUACCUCGAGCGCGGCUAUUUAGACUCCACGUCAGCCCUAACAAAGGCCUACUUCGAAUCUUCAAAAAUGUAUAUGGACGCCAACAAAUACAACCCCGACUCCUCACGGUCCUACCCCAGCCUGGACAUCGGCAAAAUGUAUGCAGACCAUCAGCAGCAGCAGCAGCAGAACCACCAAGCUUCUUUAAGCUCUCCCAGGUCUUCGGACUCUCCCGACAACAAACCAAACCAAGACAGGCUCGAAGGCACUUCUUCUUCGAGUUCGACGACGACCUCUUCUGCUGGGGCCUCUCCUGGAGCUCUGCAGGGGUACUACCCUCCUAGCGCCAUGCAGCAGGGUGCUGGUGGGUUGCUGCCCAUGUCACAGUACCCCGGUCAGUACCCGACGCAAUCUCCUGGUCCCGAGUUUAGGAGACCAUUGACUGUUUUGUUUUGACCAGAUAGGAUGUGAACGUGAUAUUAGUGAAUAAAUUUGGUAUUUGUUGGCGAUUUGGCAGGAUACGCGGAUACCUUUAAGGCUCUGUGGGUCUGCAAUAAUUAGAUCGAGUUCGGUUAGGAUAGUAGGGAUGUCCCAAGGUUCAUGUUCGAGAGCUCCAUAGUUUUAUUCUGUGAUUUUUAUUUUCGUCAAAUGUGUGUAAGUGUGCGGUCUCUGGUCGAUGCGUUAUUUUGAAUGAAUGAUGUUUAAUGGCGAUAUUUACUUUACCAUUCAUUAUUUUACCUGAUUUUGAUGAUCUAGCAAUUUUGCUUUACUGGCAGUGUCGGAAACAUGGUACUGCUUUUAAUGUUUUUGAUUCAGCGGAAACUUUUUAUCUGCUUUAAAAAAAUUCAGAACGUGUUCAGAAACUAAUUUCAUGCAUUGUUUUCAAAAUACAGAGUGUUGAACUUUUCUCGAAAGUUCCUCAUUCGUACUGAUAUCAACACAUCUUGAUACAUUUUGGCAAUAUCAGCCAACAUUAUUGACCGAGAAAUG